AAAAUCUCUUUAUUUUGUUAAGAAAAAUCCUUCGUAAUAGGGAGAUCACAUGUUAAUACAAAUAGCUUCUUCCAUAACUUUUAUCUUCUAUCCUCUGUUUUUAAAUCUAAAUAAGAGGACGGUAAGAAAGUCUUAAAACUAGCCCACAUGCUUACGUGGACCGUGCUAGAAGUUUCUAAAGCCUUGACCGUGUCAUUCCUUAAUCCACAUACACCGAACAGGUAUAACUUAGAUCGGAGAUAAGGUAUCAGAUGCCAUACGGCUCGUUGAAAGGAAGAAGCAUCACACUACUAACAUUUAUUCUCCCUUAAGAUCAAAAGCGCCCCACCUAGAAGGAUCCAAGAAACUUCCUCUGCCUCUCCUUUAUAAGAAGACAAACAUCCAACUUCUUAGUUGGAACAUGGUUUAUCCAGUGGAAUGAACCAUGUCCCAGUCAAGUCUUAACGAAGCAAACCCCCAUCCCACCUCCUCCCUCUUCCUCUCUCCCAAAUGCUGACAUGGGCAAUGUGUUGACCCGAGCUCGAGUUAUACUUCGCCGCCGGUCGCCUGUGCAACGUCAGAGUCAGCCCAGUAUGAGGCGAAGUUCCCGGGACCCAUCGGAGAGGCAGGGGACCACCACGAGACCUGCUGCCUCCGGGCCAUCCACCGACCACCGAAGCCUCGAUCGUAGGAGAAGUCAACUUAUCCAGAAGUACGCCUUCAUCCCUGACAACUACACCUCGGUCGACCAGGUCACCGCUGCCUUGAGAGAAGCAGGUCUGGAGUCGUCGAAUCUGAUACUUGGGAUCGAUUUCACCAAAAGCAACGAGUGGACAGGGAAACUUUCUUUCGACGGCCAGAGCUUGCACAAGAUCGGCGGCAGGUCGAAUCCUUACGAGCAAGCGAUCACCAUAAUCGGGAAGGUGUUGGCUCCGUUCGACGAAGACAAUUUGAUUCCUUGCUUCGGGUUCGGCGACCACACCACUCAUGAUCGGGAGGUGUUCAGCUUCCAUCCCGAUCAAUCUCCUUGCCAUGGAUUCAACGAAGUGUUGGCUUGCUACAGGAAGAUAGUUCCACACUUGAGACUCGCAGGACCGACCUCCUUUGCGCCCAUCGUGGAAGCCGCCGUCGACAUCGUGGAGCGAAGUCGAGGACAAUACCAUGUGUUGGUCAUCAUUGCAGACGGCCAGGUCACCAGAAACGUGGACAUAAACGACGGGGAUCUCAGCCCACAAGAGAAGAAAACCAUCGACUCAAUUGUGAUGGCAAGCGCUUAUCCAUUAUCCAUUGUGCUUGUUGGAGUUGGCGAUGGACCUUGGGAUGACAUGAAGAAGUUCGAUGACAGGAUUCCGGCACGCGAUUUCGACAACUUUCAGUUUGUUAACUUCACUGCUAUCAUGGGCAAAAAUGCAAACGCAGCAGAGAAGGAAGCAGCCUUUGCUCUUGCUGCUCUGAUGGAGGUCCCCAUUCAAUACAAAGCAACGCUGGAGCUUGGCAUUCUUGGGCGGGUGACAGGGAAGGCCAAGCGAGUUGUGCCACGGCCUCCCCCAUUACCAGUCGCCCAAAGACAGAGUUCCUCGAGGCCUGCACGAAGCAGCUCAGAAAGAAACAGCGAUGACCAGAACCAGAUUUGCCCGAUUUGCUUGACCAAUAAGAAGGACUUGGCCUUUGGUUGUGGCCACAUGUGUUGCAGAGAGUGUGGUCAGAACUUGAGCAGAUGCCCGAUCUGCAGAGCAACCAUAACGUCGCGCCUGAGGUUGUACUCCUGAAGGUUUGACCGACAAGAACUCGUGAUCGCCGAAGGGUUGAACGCCAAUAAAGUUUCAUGUUAUGCGUCUCCAAGUUAUGUUUGCAGAUUUCAUGGUUGUGAUUUUUCUCUUUGUUGUGUACUUUUAUUCUCAGUAAGUACUCUGCUGUACAAAUGUGUUCUGUAUUAGUAAGAUUAACUGCUGUACCACAAAGA